GCCUUUUAGACACAAGUGCGAUAGUAAUGCGUGAUUUUUUGAAUUCUCACCGGUGCCUGGUACCGUUAUACGACAACAUGAACGAGUGGAGCAGCAACCGUGAUUUUGAAGGGACUGUUAUGGAUAAUUUUUUCAAUAACUUGCACUACUCAAACUGGCUUAUUGGCGUGAAAAACAUGGCAAGCCUUCAAAAUGCAUGCAAACCACCACCUAACAAUAGAGGAAACGUUGUGGACGCGGGGAAUAACACGCUGCCUAAUGGAAAUACACCCGAGCAAGUGGUAACCCCCAACCACCUCAGGAAAGAAGGUUACAAAGCAAUUAAGAAAAUCGGGCAGGGGACAUUCUCAGAAGUGGUGAAAACUCUGAGCCUUAAAGAUUUGAAGUUCUAUGCAUGUAAAACAUUGAAGCAGACAAUUAACAGUCUGGAGCAGGCCAAAAACCUGCGGGAAGUCCAGGUAAUGAGGAGACUGAGCCCGCAUGCAAAUAUCAUCCAGCUACAUGAUCUGAUUUUCAACAAAGAUACUGGAACUGUGUCUCUGAUUUGUGAUCUGAUGGAGAUGAACAUCCAUGAGUUCAUACAAGGAAGAGAAAGACCACUGCCUGACCAUAUGGUACAGAACUACAUGUACCAGCUUUGCAAGGCACUUAAACACAUGCACAGCUAUGGGAUCUUUCACAGAGAUGUGAAGCCAGAAAACAUCCUCAUCAAACAAAACAGUCUGAAGCUUGGUGACUUCGGCUUGUGUUUGAGCGUGUCCUCCAGGCCCCCGCACACCGAGUACAUUUCCACGCGCUGGUACAGAGCCCCAGAGUGCCUGCUCACCAGUGGGUACUACGACUAUAAGAUGGACCUGUGGAGUGCUGGUUGCGUCUUCUUUGAGAUCAUGAGUUUGAACCCUCUCUUCCCUGGAACCAGCGAGUUGGACCAGGUUGAUAAGAUCCACAACGUGUUGGGGACACCAGAUCCAAGCAUCCUCCAAAAGUUCAAGCGAUCUAGAGCAGUGGAUUUCAACUUCACCCCUAGAAAAGGCACCGGUAUCUCACGGUUGAUCCCCAGCUGCCCUGCUCCGGCUCUGUCGCUGCUCUAUCAGAUGCUUGCCUAUGACCCCGAUGAACGCAUCAGUGCAGCAACAGCCCUGCAGCACACAUGCUUUAGGGAAAUCAGGGUGGCAGAGCAGAAUCCAGACUCUCCUCGAAGACUUUACAGUACUGUAUCCCCAGACCACAUCUGGCGCCCAAGGCACACAACUUUAAUGAGUCCCCAAGAUGAGUCACACUGCACAGCUUUCAAGACCUUCUACUUGCGACAUCUGGAUAGGAAACGUAGAGACUACUGAAAGCCAAACACACUGUUAAAAUGGCCUUUUAAAAACAAGAGAGACUGUAUUAAAGAAACGCAAUGUGCACUCCACACAAAUGAUAUAAAGUCUGUCAUAUUACGUUGGAUUAUGAGUGUGUAGUGUAGUUAUGACCCCAGUUUCACUUGACUUAGGCAGGUGUUACAUGUUUACAAUUGUUGAUAAUUAUUCUUCAGUCUGAGCCUAUUGCACAAGCAAAGCAAUAAGAUAUUAAACAUGUGAACAGCUGUUUACCGGGUUGAUUAAAGGGUGAAACUUAUUUAUGAGAGAGCAGGGUCAGUGCCUCUAAAAAGUAGUCACUCUUCAAGAAGGAGUAGUACUUUCAGACAAAUCUCCAGUGAAAAAAUAGGGAACUGUCAUUCUGGGAUGGGAAACAGUAGGGCAACAGUCUUCCUGUAUAAAGUUAAACAGCAUUCACAUUAAGUACUUUGCAAUUAUUCAAAGGCACAGCAUUGUUUUUGGUGAACUAGUUCACAGGGCGACACUUGCAUAACCACCUGCAGGCAACAAAAACCCAGAAUGUGAAUAGCUGAUAAGAAAAAAUGACUUGCAUUUCAGAUUAAUGGUGUAUGUGAAAACAUCUGUGUUUGCAGAUGGGGCCUUAAGAAAGUCCUGAAUAUUUUUUUUUUCUGUAAUGCUUUGUUUAUAAUGUAGCUUGACCACCUCCUCACUUGAAGCGUUGUGGCUUAAAAAAAAAAAAAAAAAGAGGAAGAAGAUGAAAUAUUUCCAUUUCAUUCAGAGCUGUGAGCUCAUUAACACUAACUGUGACUCUGUCUGCACUUUAUUUUUGCUGGUUAUUGUGGCACAUAAAAAGAUGAGAAAAAAGUCAA